AUGUAUACUUUGUGUACUGAGGGCAGGUCUUUACCUUCGGAAUCUGUCGAGUAAGGUGAUAAACUAACAAUGUUCAAAUAAAAACUUCUAAAGAAGGAGAAUUUGGCUAAUGCAAUUGCCUUAGAAGACGGUUUGGUAUAUAUAGGCGAAAUGGAAAAUGGCGAAAGACAUGGUUUCGGGAUAUUAAUUUAUCCAAAUGGCUCAAUUUUAGAAGGGUAUGAAAAAAAUGUUAUUAUUUAAGUAAUUGGAUUAAUGGAAGAGCACAUGGGAUAUGUAGACUGCAAUAUAGUGAAGAUGAAUAGUAUAUGAAUAUUUAAUACUUUUAGUUAUCAGGGGAGCAUUGUAAAUAAUAGAUUUCAGGGAUAUGGGGAAUAUGUUAACCAUAGUACUUCAAUAUAUAAGGGAUAAUGGGAGAAUAAUGAGAAACAUGGUUACGGAGAAGAAUAUUUCAAGAAUGGGUCCAUCUAUUGUGGUAAUUUCAUUAGAGGAAUGAGAGAAGGAGAAGGAGUGUACCUGUCUAGUAAUGGAUCAAAGUACGCCUUUUAAUUAAAAAUUAGAUAUUAAGGAUAAUUCAAAUGUAAUCGUAUGGAUGGGGAUGGAAUGAUGUUAUGGAGAGAUGGUAGUUUCUAUUAGGGUGAAUUCUCAAACAAUGAAAUAAAUGGAUAUGGUGUGUAUACCUAUCCUGAUGGGAGUUAGUACUAGGGUUAGGUAUAAUGAUAUAAUUGAAUGUAGUUUUUGAAUGGGAAGCGAAAUGGACAUGGUUGUUUGAUCAGAUACGAUGGAUACGAAGUGAGUGGGGAAUGGAAGGGAGACAAGUUUUAUAAAAAUUGA